CUGGACAUCAUUUUCCCGACCUUCCCGCCAAUUAUCCCAAUUACUCCUACUCCCUUGCCAGAGCGCCUCGCGACCGCCAUGGAUACGACUAGAAGAAGCUCCACUGAGCCGAUACCACCGCCAUCUCUUACCCUCUCGGGAGUCAGUACUCGUAGCAAAUAUCAUCUCCGCCAUCGUAACCCCACCGGUCAUUUUCAGUCGUCGAGCGCAGACUGUCAAAGCGAUUCGGUCAUCUACUCUUCGGAUGACGAUGACGACCGCAUGCUAGUCAGUGAUCUUUGGAAGAAAGCGAAGCUGAGUCAAGAUAGUUCCGUCAAAGACGAUGGUGAUCCGCCUCACAUUCUGAUAAAGGACCUUCGUGCCAGGAGAGUCUAUUCCCCACAAUCCGUUGGCGUGUCUUUUUCUUACUCGAGUCCAAAUGUCGAUAAUGUGGAAUCAAAGGUCAGAUCUAGUUGCGGAUAUCUGGAAAUGGUUGAUUCUGGUUCCGGAUCUGCUUCGACCGAAGAAAAUAAUGGCCGUGCAGGGGAAGUUUCGAAGAGGGAUGGCGAGAUUGCUGGCCUGGAUGAAAGAUUGCCUUCAGAAGGUCGGAGUAAGGAUGGAAUAAAUUCUAUUUUGUUUUCAGUCGCAAAAGAAUAUCGAUCUGAGAAGGAUGAUGAUCUCUAUUCUGACUGCGCCUUUAAUACGACGAACAGAGAAACCGAAAGCCCUGCUGUGGGCUUCCCCCACAAAGCUCAGAAAAUGGACCAUGCAGAUCAUGAAUCGGUGGGCGAGAGCAAACAUUUCAACAGUUAUCAUGAUGGUACAGGUGCUUUCGAGAGACUUGACAAUGCAAACGAAGUACCUAAACUAAGGACUCCUCCUGAUGAUAUCGAGACGUGUGGUACGGUAAAGUUUGAUAAAGAUAGAGGAAAACAAGUAGAGGCUUUUCAUAUCAAAGAUACACAGUUGACCAGAAAUACUGAUGGAAAGGCGGAAGAAUCUCUUUGUCCAAACGCUGACAUCAAAAACGAUUCUCUAAAGAACAAAUAUGUGCUCAGACCACGCAUGCAGAGGAAACUGUUCAAAAGUCCAGGUUCAGUCAGUUACAGAAGGCUGCUUCCAUUUAUAAUGAAUAUGAUUAAAGAUGAUUCUGGUACUACAAUAUUGGGUCGUCGCCAAAACGAUGAAAAGGUUAAUGAUGCAAAGCAAUUCCAAUUUCCUUCGCCAUCUCCAAGCCAAGAAGCUUCGACAAAUCAACUUAGGGCAAACAGUCGGCCCAGGAAUGAUAAUAAUGAUGGUAAUGAAUCAAAACUGUCGUCUUACCAAGACUUGCCUGAAUCGCCAAAGCAAUCGAGCGCUAAAGAAGUGGUUUGUGAUUGUUCAUCUGUGCCUUCUGUGAAUGAACACAUCAAGAAUGUUGUGAUAAGUCUCGAAUGCUCGAGCAGCAUAAAGGCUGAGGAAGUCGUAGAUGUUCACUAUGACAAGAAUGUUGCAAAUGCUGUUCCCAGCAAGGUUCAUGGCUGCAAAGCAGAGGCUAUUGAAGGUGUAGAUACUUCAGAUGAACACUGUGCUAUGAACCAACAAUGUUCAAGUCUCCCUGAUGCUGAUAUAUGUGGUGAAAAUAAGAAUAUUCCCUGCAGCACAGAUGUUGUCAAUACUUUGGAUUUGACCCCAAGUACUCAGGCAAAUGCUGGAGAGGGAUUUUGCUCACAUGCUACGAAGGGAAAAGAUGAUGUUCUAAGGAGUAAAUCUGUGCUCAAACCAUGUUUGCAGAGGAAGCUCUUCAAAACACCAGGUUCAGUAAGCUACAAAAGGUUGCUUCCGUUUCUAAAGGAUAUUGCCAAGGAUGAUUGUGGUGCACCGAAAUUGGGUCAUGACCAGAAAGACGAGAGGGGUAUGAGACCCCAACUUCCUUUGCUGCUUCAAAGCCAAGAGUCCACUAUAGAUGAACUUAAAACAGACAGAUGCCCCAUACAUGAUACUGUUGAAGUAAAUGCUAUCCAAGAUACUACAACGGUAGAUACUCUAUUCAAUGGAGAUUGCAAUUUGGAGUGUUCUCCUAACUUGCCAAAUUCUGUUGCUAAAAUAGAUUCUCUAUUUUUGCCCUCAAUUCCAAUUAUGAAUGUUAUGCCCGGAGAACAUUCUACAUCUGCCUCACUUCAGUUAUCAGUAUACGGUGAAGCCAAAAGAGAUUCUUCAAAUGGAGAGAUGCCACUCAAUACAAAUCUGCAGAGUCAGGAGUUGCAAAUGAAAGCCUUAGACAAACACACAAUCCCCGCUGUUGGUCUGAAAAAGGGGAUUCUUAAAAGAAAUCCGAGAGGAUGUAGAGGACUCUGCACAUGUUUGAACUGUGCUUCUUUUCGUCUUCAUGCAGAGAGAGCAUUUGAAUUCUCGAGAAAUCAGUUCUUAGAUGCCGAAGAGGUUGCCCUAGACCUUAUGAAGGAACUGUCUCAUUUAAGAAACAUGUUAGAAAGGCGGAAUGAUGGUGCUAAUAAUUACUCUGUUCUUGAUGAAAAUCAGGUAAAGGAAGCUUGCUUGAAAGCAUUUGCGGCAGAACAAUCAGCCAAGGAACGCCUUAGCCAGAUGAACGAUGAUCUCAACAUCCAUAGUAGAAUCACGAGCUUUCAUCAACCAAGGGUUAAAUUCGCAAAUUACAUUGAAGAAAAAGUCAUUUCACCAGGCAGGUUGUCCAUGCAAAAGUAGCAAGUACGACUUCCAAGCAAGUAACAAGUAAUGACUUGUAUAUGGCGCACUGUAACCUUUCCAAGUUGUACGGAAAUGCCUUGUACAUGGGAGUGGAUUAUGAUUGGUAUUUGAAGAAACCAAAAUAUCAGAGUUCUGUUCAGUGUCCGGAGGCCGGAGCUAUGAAGCAUAUUCUUAAAAAAAAAAAAAAAGAUCUUCAGGGUUACAGAUCGGACUCUUUAAAUGUUGUAUUUAUUCAUUUUGUUUGGAUGUAGUGACAUAGAGGAACUAUUGACGGGCGGAGGAGACACCUGAAGGUCAUGUUGUCAUUUGUUAUACUCAAAUUUAGGCGAGUUUGAAUUCCAUGAGCUUAUUAAGGCUGAAAUAUGCUUCUGGACGUUAUUAUUUGUUUCAAAUGCUGUAAACUGUUAAUUAAUGUCCAAAGUUAUCUGAAGAAA